AUGGAGGCUGACUACCUGGAGGAGAUUGAGCAGCUCAGACGAGAGUAUAGCGAGCUUCAAAACGAACUAAAGGCCACUCGACACACGCAGCCCGUCUGCCAAGACCAGACAUCGGCAAGUCUUGCAGAACCGGACCCUGAACUCCUCGAUAUGCUUACUUCGGAGAAUAAGGAUUUGAAGAACAAACUGAAAGCAGUUGAACUCGAGAACCGUGGUCUGCAUGAACGGCUUGAUAUACUAGAACUGACCAAGGAUGCCACCUCAAUGAAUUUGACUUCCGAUCCAGUGCUUGCCGAAACAAAUCUAGAGUUGGAACGUCUGCGAGAACAAUUGCAGGUCUAUCAGUCUGAGAGGGCUCGGAUGGAGCGAUUUUUAGCGGAAAAAGAUGCAGAUAUUGAAAGCGUCCGUUGCCACGCGUCUGAACUCCAAAUGGCGCUGAACGUAAGUCAUUUGAUUGCAGCUUGGAGGCAUUUUUGUUUAAUCUCUACAGUCCUAUAG